UAAAAAAAAAAAAAGAAAAAAAAAAUUCCAAUUAAGGAUUUGAGAUACUUACUUAAAAAAUGAAUAACUAAAUUAAAAAAAAUUACCCAGAUAUAGAUUAGUUGACUAGGGGCCGGAUUUGUAGAUAUAGGAAUGAUUAUAAGGAAUGCAAUUUAGGUAAUUUACCAACAAGAUCGCAAAGAUUGUAGUGAGAUGGAAUAUAUUAUUGGAGAAAGUAAAAAGUAGACAGCAUUGGUAUAAAUGUGUCAAGCUUGGUGGCGGGUUGGAAGUUCUUGUAGCCUAGCAAAUCGAAAAAAUGAAACUCCAUAGCUUGCUUCUUAUAAACCUCGUCAUCUGCCUUGGGGUUGGUGUGCUUCUGGUUGGAGUUCAUUGUACUGAGUCUUCUUCUCCUCCAUUUGCUUGUGACUCCUCAGACCCAUUAACAAAAUCAUAUGCUUUCUGCAAUACCACGUUGCGCAUCAGCCAAAGGGCCAGCGACCUCAUCUCUCGUCUCACAUUGGAUGAGAAAAUCUCCCAACUCAUUAGCUCCGCUGCUUCCAUUCCAAGGCUUGGUAUCCCCGCCUACGAGUGGUGGUCGGAAGCGCUACACGGCAUCAGAGACCGACACGGCAUCCGAUUCAAUGGCACCAUUCGCUCCGCCACCAGUUUCCCUCAAGUCAUCCUCACCGCCGCCUCCUUUGAUGCUCACCUCUGGUACCGCAUUGGACAGGCUAUUGGAAUUGAAACAAGAGCAAUGUACAACGCUGGACAAGCGAUGGGUAUGACAUUUUGGGCACCAAAUAUCAAUAUAUUUAGGGAUCCAAGAUGGGGGAGAGGGCAAGAGACGCCCGGAGAAGAUCCAGUGGUCGCAGGAAAAUAUGCAGUGUCCUACGUGAGAGGGCUUCAAGGGGAUACUUUUGAAGGAGGAAAGGUCGAUGUUCUUCAGGCUUCAGCCUGUUGCAAGCACUUCACUGCCUAUGAUUUGGAUAAUUGGACCAGUAUUGAUAGGUACACGUUUGAUGCUCGUGUGACAAUGCAAGACUUGGCAGAUACAUACCAACCCCCGUUCCGGAGUUGCAUCGAGGAAGGGCGAGCGAGUGGGUUAAUGUGUGCUUACAACCUAGUGAAUGGGGUCCCCAACUGUGCUGAUUUCAAUCUCUUGUCCAAGACUGCCAGAGGACAGUGGGGCUUUGAUGGGUACAUUGUGUCGGACUGUGAUGCCGUCUCCCUGGUUCAUGAUGUACAAGGAUACGCCAAAUCACCGGAGGAUGCAGUUGCUAUUGUUCUUACAGCUGGCAUGGAUGUAGCCUGUGGUGGCUACUUGCAGAAACAUGCAAAAUCAGCGGUCAGUCAGAAAAAACUGACUGAAUCUGAAAUAGACAGGGCCCUCCUCAACCUCGUCACUGUUAGAAUGAGAUUAGGAUUGUUCAAUGGCAACCCAAGGAAACUACCUUUUGGUAACAUCGGUCCAGACCAAGUCUGUUCUACAGAGCAUCAGACGCUGGCCCUUGAAGCUGCUCGGAGUGGCAUUGUCCUUCUAAAGAACUCUGACAGGCUUCUCCCGCUUUCAAAAGGAGAAACCUUGUCUCUUGCUGUGAUAGGCCCCAAUGCCAAUGCCACGGACACACUUCUAGGAAACUAUGCAGGCCCUCCAUGCAAAUUCAUAUCACCAUUGCAAGGUCUUCAAAGCUACGUGAACAACACAAUGUAUCACGCAGGCUGCAAUGACGUUGCAUGCUCUUCUGCUUCCAUAGAAAAUGCAGUGGAUGUAGCAAAACAAGCUGAUUAUGUGGUGUUGGUUAUGGGAUUGGAUCAAACUCAGGAAAGGGAGAAGUAUGAUCGUUUGGACUUGGUGCUGCCUGGAAAGCAAGAGCAACUCAUCACCAGUGUUGCAAAAGCUGCAAAGAAACCAGUUGUAUUGGUACUUCUUUGUGGAGGUCCGGUUGAUAUAUCUUUUGCCAAAGGCAGUAGCAACAUUGGAAGCAUCUUGUGGGCUGGUUAUCCAGGCGAAGCUGGAGGGGCUGCAAUUGCAGAAACUAUCUUCGGUGAUCAUAAUCCAGGGGGAAGAUUGCCAGUCACUUGGUAUCCAAAAGAUUUUAUUAAAAUACCAAUGACAGACAUGAGGAUGAGGCCUGAACCACAAUCAGGCUAUCCUGGACGCACUCAUCGAUUCUACACCGGCAAAAAGGUGUUUGAAUUUGGCGAUGGCCUCAGCUACUCACCCUAUUCUUAUGAGUUCCUUUCCGUCACCCCAAACAAGCUCUACUUAAAUCAGCCAUCAACCACUGAUGUAGUUGAAAACUCUGGUUACGUAUCAGUUUCAGAGUUGGGAACAGAAUUCUGUGAGGUGAAAAAGUUCUCAGCUAUAAUAGCAGUUAGAAAUGGAGGAGAGAUGGCAGGUAAGCAUCCAGUGUUGCUAUUUGUAAAGCAGGCCAAGGCUGGUAAUGGGAGUCCAAUGAAACAGUUGGUAGGAUUCCAGAAUGUUUUUUUGGAUGCAGGGGAAAGCACCAACGUUGAAUUUAUAUUGAGCCCUUGUGAACACCUUAGCAGAGCCAACAAGGAUGGCUUGAUGGUUAUGGAACAAGGCAUUCAUUUGUUGGUCGUAGGAGAUAAAGAGUAUCCAAUUGCAAUUGUAGCAUGAUAUGGAGGUUAUUUUCGGUCAAUACCUGCUGUUAACUAGUGAUGCCAUCAAUAAUAAAACGCUGACAUUUGAUCACAUUAA